CAAAAGUUGGUAAUGAAACUGGAGAAUACUCAGAGAGUAGCUUAUUAGAUAUUAUAAUACAGGCGGGUGCUACUUCCUAAGACCAACUCCAGUCAGCAUAUUCUAUGUUUUAAAUUAUUUUAAAGAUUAAAUUUCAUUAAUUAAUUAUCUAUUUUAAUGUUCAUCUGAAUCUUGAGAGAUAAAAUUAAUAGCCUUGUUCUGCAGGUUAGAAGAUUAUAGCAAAUAAUUUUACACAAUUCCUGAAAGAACUAGAACUCUGAUGUUCAAUUCUAACGCUCUGCCCAUUAACAUAUUAUCUCAAGUGUUUGGAUGCAAGAAAUUUCUUUAAAUAAAUGACUGGUUUUAAUAAAUAAACCAAUUACCUCAAUUAUUUUGGUAAUGACAUGUUAUUAACCAAUGAGUAAAUGUCUUUAUCUUCCAUUUAAUUCUUCAGUGAGUGCUACUGACUAUUCAUUCACUGUCUUGUCAUUGUCUUAUGAAUUGCUGCUGGGAAAUCAUGCAUUUCUGAAAAAUCAAUAUGAGGACAUAGUUAACAUUCCUUUUAGUUACAAUAUUCUGCAUCCCUGUCAUAGAAAUAAAAAUUGUGAUUUCAUGUAUAUUUUCAAGUUUGUUCCAUGAAGUGUCAACAUGAAAAAUGACACAGAAGUCACCACAUUUGUACUGAAGGGCUUCACAGACAAUCGUGAACUGCAGAUCAUCUUAUUUUUUCUAUUUCUAGCAAUCUACCUCUUUACUCUGAUUGGAAAUUUAGGACUGGUUGUAUUGGUCAUUGGGGAUUCCAGGCUCCACAACCCCAUGUACUAUUUUCUCAGUGUGUUAUCAUUCUUGGACACUUGCUAUUCAUCAUCUGUUACCCCAAAUAUGUUAGUAGAUUUUAUGUCAAAGAAUAAAGCCAUUUCAUUCCUUGGAUGUGCAACACAAAUGUUUCUGGAUAUAACUUUUGGGACCACAGAAUGCUUUCUUUUGGCAGCCAUGGCUUAUGAUCGCUACGUAGCCAUCUACAACCCACUUCUCUAUUCAGUUAACAUGUCACCCAGAGUCUAUGUGCUGCUCAUCAUUGCUUCAUAUGUUUCUGGUAUUUCACAUGCUACGUUACACACAGUAGCAACUUUUAGCCUCUCCUUCUGUGCAUCCAAUGAAAUUAGACAUGUCUUUUGUGAUAUUCCUCCACUUCUUGCUAUCUCCUGUUCUGACACUCACAUUAACCAGAUUCUACUCUUCUACGCCGUGGGUUCUAUGGAGAUAUUCGCCAUCCUGAUUGUCCUAAUCUCCUAUGGUUUAAUUUUGUUGGCCAUUCUGAAGAUGCAUUCUGCUGAAGGAAGGCAAAAAGUGUUUUCCACUUGUGGCUCUCACCUAACUGGAGUGUCAGUUUACCAUGGAACAAUCCUCUUCAUGUAUAUGAGACCAAGUUCCAGCUAUGCUUUGGAUCAUGACAUGAUAGUGUCUAUAUUCUACACUAUUGUGAUUCCCAUGGUGAAUCCCAUUAUCUACAGUUUGAGGAACAAAGAUGUAAAAGAAGCAAUAAAAAAAGUGUUUGGGAGAAAUUGGUUUAUCAAUAAAGUAUAUUUUUAACACUAAAAAUUAAAUUAAAAAAAAUCAAGAGUCAUAGCCUGUGUCUCAAUAUAAAGAUAUGAAAAAUUGAAAAAUUCAAUUUUAGUUUAUUAGUGUCUUUCCGUUCUUCUUGAAUAUUUUGAAAUAGUCAACCUAUAACCUCUGCUAUGUUAACACGUACAGAAAAACCAUGCCAUAAAUUUGCUUCUUACUUUGUUCAUGCUGGUAUAUGUAUAUAUGUGCAGGUGUGUAUGGG